UGUUUUUCUUUCAACUGUUUGAAUUUUUUAAAAAAUUUUCUUAAAAAAAAUUAAAUAAAAUAUUUCAUAAUAUUUCCAAAUAAUAGGAAAUCAAGCGAAAAAAUAUAUUUUUUUUUAAAGAAAACAUGUUUAAGUGUUAAUAGACAACAUUAAUUUUGCACACAAAACGAAAGACUUAAGCAACAAACUUGUAUUUAAAGAAAAGAGUGUAAUAAAUCCCACAACAACAACAACAACAGCAACAUGGCAUUAUUUCCCUCAUCCUCACGACCGCGUAGUCUAAUGGAACAACUGUUGGCGCGUAAAAUCGAAGCGGCAGCACAAUCUGUUUCGGGGCCAGGUGGCACAAGACUACGACGUACCGAUUCAUUAGACUCCACCAGUAGUAUUGGGUCAUUGGGGUCGCUAAUAUUGGGUGAUGAUGUAUGCCGCUGUGACGAUUGCCUGCUGGGCAUAGUCGAUUUGUAUGUAAUCAGCGCCGAGGCAGCCAAGAAAAAGCCCUCUGGUUGGCGUAAGAUACGCAAUAUAGUACAAUGGACUCCCUUCUUUCAAACAUACAAAAAGCAGCGCUAUCCCUGGGUUCAAUUGGCCGGACAUCAGGGAAAUUUCAAGGCAGGACCCGAACAGGGUACAGUGUUGAAGAAAUUAUGUCCCAAGGAGGAGGAUUGUUUUCAUAUACUAAUGAAAGAUGUUUUAAGACCCUAUGUCCCGGAAUAUAAGGGUCAAGUUACCAGUGAAGAUGGAGAGUUAUACCUCCAAUUACAAGAUCUAUUAAGUGAUUUCUAUCAGCCCUGUGUUAUGGAUUGUAAAAUCGGCGUACGCACCUAUUUGGAGGAGGAAUUGUCGAAGGCCAAGGAGAAACCCAAAUUGCGCAAAGAUAUGUAUGAGAAAAUGAUACUUGAUCCGAAUGCUCCCAGUGAUGAUGAGCACAAGGCCAAGGGUGUAACUAAGCCCCGCUAUAUGGUCUGGCGUGAGAAUUCCAGCACGGCCACAUUGGGCUUUCGCAUAGAGGGCAUUAAGAAAAGCGAUGGCACCAGUUCGAAAGAUUUUAAGACAACGAAAUCUCGUGAGCAUCAAGUCAGCUUUCGUGAGUUUAUAAGUGGUUUUCCACAUGCAAUGGCCCGUUACAUCCAACUACGUGCUAUACGUGCCACCCUCGAAUGUUCAGACUUCUUUCGCAGUCACGAAGUUAUCGGCUCUUCUCUGCUCUUUGUACACGAUCGCAAGCAGGCCAAUGUCUGGUUGAUAGAUUUUGCCAAAACAGUUCUAUUGCCAGAAAACCACUACAUUGAUCAUGCCAGUACCUGGAAGGUGGGCAAUCAUGAAGAUGUGAUAGGCAUCAAUAAUCUCAUAGAUAUAUUUACCGAAUUGGAAAUGGAAAUAAAUACCAUAACCGACUCAUCAACAGCAUCUUCCACUUCAUUAAACCCCUUACUGGAUCAUCGCCAGCCUCACUGUCACCGAAAAGAAGAACAAGUGAAACGAAUUUGGGGAGAAGGAACAACAGGAGGAGGCCCAGGGUGAAAAUAUUUUAGAGCAGCAGAACCAGAACAAAUAGUUAAAGACGAACAUAAAGAGGCCUUUGCAGGAGCCACAGGAAAUAAAAAUAUUUUUAUAUUUUUUUUUUGGUAUUUUUUUUUUUAUUUAAAAAAAUAUAUAUUUUUAUAAUUUAAAGCAAAAAUAUUAAAACCUAUAUUUAUAUAUAUUAAUAAGUUUAAAACAAAAACAAACAAUUGCUAAGCACUUUAAAGACUGAAAUUUAGUAAUUUAUUAUUUUUCUUUUAGUUUUAUUAAUUUUAUUAUUAUUACUAUAUACUUUUAAAUAAUAUUAAUAAUUUGCUUAAUAUUUUUAAUUUUUUAUUUUUAAUUUUUAUU